AUGUUCCAGGGUCCAGAGAGCGAGGGUGGCCUCGGCUCCAGGGCUAUGAAACCCUUGGGAGGAGAGGUGAGCAAUCUUUUUGGAGCUGCUCCUUUGAGCAGGCCCAACAGGAUGGCAUCUAAUAUUUUUGGACCAACUCAAGAGCCUUAGAACAUACCGAAAAGGACCAAUCCUGCAGAGGGGAAAGGAAGUAGUAUCUUUGACGAAUCGAUGCCUGUGUAGGCUCCGUGUCUGAACCCACCUGGUGGGAAGGCCAGUGAUAUUUUUGGGUCCCCACUCUCUGCCACUUCAUCUUUGGCACACCCAAACAAACCCAAGAACCAUGCGUUCUCGUGUGAAGGAGAAGACCCCAAAUCGGCCCUUAAAACUGCAAUGAGCAUGUCCCAGAGAAGAGCUGGUGACAAGGGUGGCCCUGGAGAAGUAGGCUGAGCUCAGCAGCCCAUGCCUCUGGGUGAAAGCCAUGAGGCCAGGUUGGGCCCGUGGUCUGCUUCUCACAACAAAGUCCUGAGCCUGCCUGGAGACGAACCCAGGAACUCCUUCUACGAAGAGACUGCUGCUUUCCCUGUAGCCAGCCAAGACACCAGAGAGGUAGGAUUUCAGAUAGUUUCCUUUAGCCCAAAGGAGCCAGGCGGGGAGGUGGUCCUUUGUGUACCUGAACACGCUGCCCGCUCUGCUGCCAUCCCAGAGCCACGAGGACCCCACCUUCCUGACCGUUGCCAAGAUCAUGUCCUGAUGGGGAUGAAGUGUGACUUCCCGUGUGUAAUACUCCCUUACGACUGCUGA